AUGCUCUCGCAGCAGCCUUCGCGUCCGGAUUGCUGCACUGGGCCCAAGCCUGGCCUGUGCGAGAAGGGACGCGGGAAGACCCGCGCAGGCGCAGUCCACGCGGGGCAGCCGCAGGUGGUCCAGGCCCCGCUCGCUCGCUCGCACACACACCGAGCCACCGGGAAUCGCUCAGUGCCCGCGGCUCGUCACCCCACAGUCCAGGGUGCGGGUAGGAAGGAGCCCGACCACUCAGAUGACAGGUGGCUGGGGGCGGGUCUCACGCUGAGGACCAGCGUGCGAGGCGGGGCUUCGGGGGCGGGACGGGCGCGCGCGGGAAGCGCCGACCGGGAGAGAGACCGGCCCGGCUCUUCUCGGCGGCUCCCGCGCGUCAUGGCCCUCUCGGUCCCCGGCUACUCGCCCAGUUUCAAGAAGCCGCCGGAGACCCUGCGGCUGCGGCGGAAGAGAGGCCGGAGCCUCGGAGCCGCCUUGCAGCCCGAGCCCGCGCCCCGCCGCGCCGCUCUGGCGGCCGGGCUGCCGUUGCGCCCCUUCCCGGCGGCGGGUAGAGCGGCGGCGGAGGCGACGCGCAGGAACCCCUUCGCCCGCCUGGACAGCCGGGCGGCUCCGACCGCCGCCGAGGCCCCCGACGGGACGGCCCGCGGCCAGCAGGAGGCGCCGGGGUCCCCCUCAGCCGCGGUCGGUGGGCGUCGCCCUGAGGUGGGAUUUGGGGGUCUGAGGAGGGAGGGGCCCGAAGAAUCCGCCCACAGCUGCCUCCCCCUCGCUGCCCGGGGGGCCCCGAACCCCGGGUCCCACGCGCCGGGCCUCGCGAUGAAGGGGAAGCAGCCCCUGGGGCACCCCGAGUUCGGCCUGUAUGCUCGUGCGGAGAAUGGCUUGCUGUGGGAGGAGACGUCAACUACGAGGACAGCCUCACCGGACUUCUUCCAGAUGCCUUCUCACUUAUUGUCCUCCGAAUCUGAACUCUCAUCCUCAGAAAGUUCUGAGUUACCAGCAGAUUGGAGUAUUAAAACCCGACUCCUUUUCACCUCAUCUCACCCCUUCACCUGGGCGGAGCAUUUGAAAGCCCAGGAGGAAGCACAGGGCCUCACCCAGCACUGCCGGGCCACAGAAGUGACUUUACCUCCAAGUAUUCAGGACCCUAAACUGUGCACAAAGUUGCGCUGUGCCUUCCAGCAGAGCCUGGUGUAUUGGCUGCACCCAUCCAUGCCCUGGUUUCCACUCUUCCCCCGCAUCGGCGCAGAGAGAAGAAUGGCCGGCAAGACCAGCCCCUGGGCCAUGGAUGAAGACCUGCAGCACGUUUUAAUGAGUGACUGGUCUGUGAGCUUUACCUCUCUCUAUAAUCUGCUAAAGACCAAACUCUGUCCCUAUUUCUACGUCUGCACCUACCAGUUUACUAUCCUGUUCCGUGCAGCAGGAUUAGCCGGCAGUGAUGUCCUCACUGCUCUCAUCUCUCCUACCACCAGAGGAAUAAGAGAAGCUAUGAAAAAUGAAGGCAUUGAAUUUUCUCUACCUUUAAUAAAUGAAAAUGACCGCCAGAAGAAAGUUCCUGGAGCAUACUCGGAGGAGCAGGCCAUGAGUGAUGAGGAUGAAGACGAAAGUUUUUCCUGGCUGGAAGAAAUGGGUGUGCAAGAUAAGAUUAAAAAACCAGACAUGCUUUCUAUCAAGCUACGGAAAGAAAGACAAGAAGUAAAAAUGGAUCACCGACCUGAGUCUGUCGUAUUGGUGAAAGGAAUGAACACUUUGACAUUGCUAAAUUUUUUGAUCAACUGUAAAAGUUUAAUUGCAGCCUCAGGUCCUCAGGCAGGUCUUCCACCAACCCUCCUGUCCCCUGUAGCCUUCCGUGGUGCCACAAUGCAAAUGCUAAAGGCACGAAGCAUCAAUGUGAAGACACAAGCUCAUGCUGGAUAUAAAGAUCAGUUUAGUUUGGAGAUCAGCGGGCCUGUCCUACCUCACUGUGUCCAUUCUGUGAUGAUGCUUCUCAGAUCUGCACAGAGUGGGUCUUUUGCUGCAGGGCUGUAUACUCACGAGCCAACUGCUGUAUUUAAUAUCAGUCUGCCAAUGGCUAAAGAACUACAUACGGAGACUGUCCAUGAGCUUGCUAACUGUGGAUUGCACCCAAAGACUUUGGAUCACCUUACCCAAAUACCGUCACUGGGGAAAUCAUCAUUGAAACAUGUGGAAAUGAGUGACUAUCUCUAUAAUUGGAGAUCCUAAAGGUCAAGUAAGCCUAAAAGGAAUAUUUGAGGAUAAGAGCCUUCUGGCAAGGAAACCCAAGAUAUUUACUGCUUUUGUCUAUAAAAGUUCACUCUUGAAGUUGAAGUAUAUAAUCAGUAUGUAAUAUAUAUGUAUAUUCAGUAUAUUUUUAUUGCAUGCAGUAUAAUGAUUGAAUCAUAUUAUUUGUACUUUAGAUUAUCAGAUAUAAAGGUUACCAGUCUUUAAGACCCUCAAAAUAAUU